CCGCCCCCCACAGCCGUAGUCCCCACCUCUAGAAGACAGCGGAACUGAGAAAAGCAGGCAAGCUGCAAGCCAUGUCUGACUCCUUGGUGGUGUGCGAGGUGGACCCGGAGCUAAAGGAAAAGCUGAGGAAAUUCCGCUUCCGAAAAGAGACAGACAAUGCAGCCAUCAUAAUGAAAGUGGAUAAAGACCGGCAAAUGGUGGUUCUGGAGGAAGAAUUUCAGAAUAUUUCUCCAGAGGAACUGAAAUUGGAGUUGCCAGAGAGACAGCCCAGGUUCGUGGUCUACAGCUAUAAGUACGUGCAUGCAGAUGGCCGGGUGUCCUACCCCUUGUGUUUUAUCUUCUCCAGCCCUGUGGGCUGCAAACCGGAGCAGCAGAUGAUGUACGCUGGGAGUAAGAACAGACUGGUACAGACGGCUGAGCUCACCAAGGUGUUUGAAAUCCGCACCACCGACGACCUCACAGAGGCCUGGCUCCAAGAGAAGUUGUCUUUUUUUCGUUGACUCUGGAAGCAGGAACUUGAAGUUCUCAUGUUUGAGUCCCAAGGGGGAACUGAAGAUUCCAGACUCUUGCCAUCCAAACAUCCAAGACUAUAAAACCAUU